GUCCGUUGUGUUGAAAGGAUUCCGAGGGUCGGAGCCGCAAAGGAGGCGAGCACUAGAAACCCGCAUCAGUGCGCGAUUCUUCCCCCGCAUCGCCCGCUCCCUAGUUCCUCUCAUUCGUGUUUAAGGGCUCAAAGGUCUCUUCACCCUCGCAAGGCACUCGGUUUUUCCCGUAUGUAUGAUGAGAAGUCGGGUCCAUGGGACGAGAGCUAUUUUAUAACCAGUGAAACGCUGGAUGGUGGAUGUCGUAGCGCCUUUUGGAAAUGCUAAAGACGAUGAAUUUAACGGGCUUGAUAUUGCCCGUGCUGUGGGGGAUGUCGUUUGGUGGAUCUCCAAGCGUUCAAAUUGGGGGUCUGUUCCCUCGAGGCGCGGAUCAGGAAUACAGCGCUUUCCGGAUCGGGAUGGUUCGGUUCGGCACGGCCGAGUUCCGUCUCACACCCCAUAUAGACAACCUGGAGGUGGCCAACAGCUUCGCCAUCACCAACUGCUUCUGCUCUCAGUUUUCCCGUGGGGUGUACGCCAUAUUUGGGUUUUACGAUAAGAAGUCGGUGAACACCAUCACAUCGUUCUGUGAGACGCUUCACGUGUCGUUCAUCACACCAAGUUUCCCUGCCGACGGACUCAACCAGUUUGUGCUUCAGAUGCGGCCUGACAUCAAAGGGCCACUCAUCAGCCUUGUGGAGUACUACAAAUGGGAGACGUUUGCCUACUUGUAUGAUGGUGACCGAGGUUUGUCAACGCUGCAGGCCGUCCUCGACACAGCCGCGGAGCGUAAGUGGCAGGUGACCGCGAUAAACGUGGGCAACCUGAAGGACGAGAGGAAAGAUGAGGCCUAUCGCUCACUCUUCCAGGACCUUGAGAACAAGAAGGAGAAGAGGGUCAUCUUAGACUGUGAACAGGACAAGGUCAAGGAUAUCAUGGAGCAGGUUAUCACCAUCGGUCGCCAUGUGAAGGGAUACCAUUACAUCAUCGCUAACUUUGGCUUUCUCGAUGGUGACUUGUCAAAGAUACAGUAUGGUGGAGCCAAUGUGUCAGGUUUCCAGAUUGUUGACUUUGAUGAUCCAGUUGUGGCGAAGUUUGAUCAGCACUGGGAAACCCUGGAAGAGAAAGAGUACCCAGGAGCUGACAGCAGGAUCAGGUACACCUCUGCGCUGACUUAUGAUGCAGUGCAGGUGAUGACAGAGGCCUUCAAAUUCCUGCACAAGCAACGGAUAGACAUCACUCGUCGUGGCAACAAUGGAGACUGCCUUGCCAACCCUGCGGUGCCGUGGUCCCAGGGAGUGGAAAUCGAACGAGCUCUAAAACAGGUCCGUGUGGAUGGACUGACUGGAAAUAUUCAGUUUGACCAGUACGGGAAACGAGUGAAUUACUCCGUCAACGUGAUGGAGCUGAAGAACAGCGGACCAGUCAAGAUUGGUUACUGGAAUGAAGUAGACAAAAUGGCAGUGACUAAAUCAGACCCGUUCUCCAAUGACACCAUGGGCAUUGAGAACAAGACUGUUGUAGUGACAACCAUCCUGGAAGCUCCAUAUGUGAUGCUGAAGAAGAAUUCAGAGCUGUUUGUGGAUAAUGAUCGCUAUGAGGGCUAUUGUGUGGACCUGGCUGCAGAGAUUGCCAAGCAUUGUGGGUUUAAGUAUCAUCUGAGGAUUGUAGGAGAUGGAAAGUAUGGUGCACGAGAUGCUGAGACAAAGAUUUGGAACGGAAUGGUGGGAGAGCUGGUCUAUGGGAAAGCAGACAUAGCGGUGGCUCCCCUGACCAUUACGCUGGUGAGAGAGGAGGUGAUUGACUUCUCCAAGCCCUUCAUGAGUCUGGGCAUUUCCAUCAUGAUCAAGAAGCCGCAGAAGUCCAAGCCGGGCGUCUUCUCCUUCCUCGACCCACUGGCCUACGAGAUCUGGAUGUGCAUUGUGUUCGCCUACAUCGGCGUGAGCGUGGUGCUCUUCCUGGUCAGCCGCUUCAGUCCGUACGAGUGGCACAUCGAGGAGCUGGAGGACGGGCAGCUCGGCCAGAGCGAGUCCACUAACGAGUUUGGGAUCUUUAAUUCUCUCUGGUUCUCUCUGGGUGCCUUUAUGCAGCAGGGAUGCGAUAUUUCGCCAAGGUCUCUGUCAGGGCGUAUAGUGGGUGGUGUGUGGUGGUUCUUCACCCUCAUCAUCAUCUCCUCCUACACGGCCAACCUGGCUGCCUUCCUGACAGUCGAGCGCAUGGUCUCCCCCAUAGAGAGUGCUGAAGACCUGGCCAAGCAGACAGAGAUUGCCUACGGAACCCUGGAUGCUGGAUCCACCAAAGAGUUCUUCAGGAGGUCUAAGAUCGCCCUUUUUGAUAAGAUGUGGCAGUACAUGAAGAGUGCUGAGCCCUCUGUAUUUGUGAAAAACACGGUAGAGGGGGUUCUGCGGGUCAGGAAGUCCAAAGGGAAGUACGCCUACUUGCUGGAGUCCACCAUGAACGAGUACAUCGAACAGCGCAAGCCCUGUGACACCAUGAAGGUCGGGGGGAACCUGGACUCCAAAGGAUAUGGAAUCGCUACGCCCAAAGGAUCAGCAUUAAGAAAUGCGGUAAACCUUGCAGUGCUUAAACUCAAUGAACAAGGGCUGCUGGACAAAUUGAAAAACAAAUGGUGGUACGACAAAGGAGAGUGCGGCAGCGGGGGCGGCGAGUCAAAGGAGAAGACCAGCGCCCUGAGCCUGAGUAACGUGGCGGGGGUGUUCUACAUCCUAGUCGGCGGCCUGGGCCUGGCCAUGCUGGUGGCCCUGGUGGAGUUCUGCUACAAGUCGCGCGCCGAGGCCAAGAGACUGAAGGUGGCCAAGAGUGACAGCCUGCACGCCACUUCCUCGCAGAAUUCUCAGAAUUUUGCCACUUAUAAGGAAGGGUACAACAUGACCUUUACAGAUGCGAUGCGGAGUAAAGCCAGGCUGUCAAUCACCGGCAGUAUGGGGGAGAAUGGAAGAGUGCUGACGCCAGAUUUCCCCAAAGCCGUCCACAGCGUCCCUUACAUACGGCCUGGCAUGGGAAUGACGCUCAGCAUGAGUGACCUGUCCUGAGUGCCUUACACACAUACACACACACACACACACACACACACACACACACACACACACACCCACACACACACACACACUCAAAAAUCACAUACACACCCACACACAUGCAAUACAAAUACAAUAUUGUACAUAAACUCUCACACAAUGCAGACACCAUUCUCAUUUAAAGUUAUACACACACCCAGCUACCCAUACACUCUGGAACCACACAUUGUACAUACACUUUCACUCACUUGCACGCACUCACACAUACACACAUACUCUCACACACACUUAAAUACACAAAGACACACACAAAGUUCCCUUCAUUUUUAUCAGACACCUUUGAGAUUGCUGACAUCAUCAUUUGCCUGCACUGAAUCUCAAAAUGAUAUGCCUCUUUCCAUAGCGACCCAUGGAGAGUUUCAGAAUCAGAAUGACACAAGCACACUUUUGCACCAUCUGCAUUCAAUUAUGACUUUUUCAAAUAACACUCGGAUAUUCCAACAUAAAAAUAGCAUAUUUAAAAAAUAUUUUCCAAAAAAGCUUUUCAAUGAACUGCUUCCAUUUUGUUAAAAAAGUAUCUGCAUUGAGAAGGCUUACAGUCUUAAUGUGUUUAAAAAAAGUCAAAAUGGUUCAUACAGAUGUACUGUAGGUGAAAUGUUUUAGUAGUAUCAUUUAUUACUGUUAUUAUAUGAAGACGACAUCAUGUAUAUAUUUGGUUUAUAUGAUGUUAAUGUGAUCAAAACAAUGCUUGACAUGUACAAGAAACUUUUUUUGUUCUAUUUUACUGUUUUUAUUUUUAGAAGUGUCAAUGUUUUCUUGGAUCUUGUUAUGUUUGCCCAUCAAUGAUGCCGGCAGUAGUUUUAUAGAUUUAAACAUUUAAUAGAUAUUAAAAUACUUACACAUGUUUACACAUAACAAAUGCAAGUGGCCAUGUAGGUUCUACAAUAAAAUGAAUAAUGUAACAAAUAGACUUCUAUAAAUAUAAUAAAUAUAGAAAUCAAAGUUUAAUAUCCAGAGAGACAGAAUUAUGCCAAAUCACAGAGUGCCAAAACCUGCAGGUGUCUGAACAGUAUAGAGCUAUACACCAUGUGAGUGACUGUAUGUCUGAGUGGCCAUACACACACACACACACACACACACACACUCACAUCACACAUGAACGCACAUAUAUAUAUAUAUAUAUAUAUAUAUAUAUAUACCGGUAUACGCACACAUACACUUUCACAUUUUUUCCACAUCCGCAUGACAACACAUGUACAGACAUACUAAACGAUUGCUACUGACAUGUGUGUGUGUGUGUGUGUAUCUGUGUGUACAGGGUGCGUUUCUUUAACGCAGUGUUGUGUUGUCGGACUCUGAUAUGCAGAUCUGUAGUUUGAAACGCAUGAAAUUUUUAAUCUUUUUCUUUUCUUUUUUGCUUUGUUCAGUGAGCGGAUGCCACUCAUGUUAAAUGCUUAGUGUUUAAUUUCAAAAUAUGAGAAAAGACAACUUAAUGUUACAGAUAAAUACAUUGAUUAUUAUAUUGAUUAACUACAGUAUAUGAAAAUCACCUUUUUCUAUGCCAUGCCGUGUAUCUGACGUCCUGUACAUUAGUUUUGUAUGUAUAUGUACUGUAUAUAAAUAUGUGAAUAACUGAGGUCAGUUAAACACACAUUCAAACAUCUGCGUGAGCUGGACCGUGCUAAAACCCUACUCAGAGAGAAACGAUGCAGUCCUAUUAAAAGUGUGACUGACCAGGACGGAAAACAAAUACAUAACCAUGCAUUCUCACACUCACACACAACCACACACAAAGACAAACACACUCAUCCACAUACCUGCACAUACACAAAUGCAUUUGGUUUCAGAGAGUUAUGUUGGAGGGAUAGCCGUGAGUUAGUGAGAUACUGCUGAUUUUUGUAAUGGAAUGUUGGACGGACUGCUUUAUUUUAUUUUUUUCCGACUCUUUUUAAAUAAAGGCCCUUGGGUCUCAAUCUUG